UUGUAACAAGACUACUUCCGCUGUGUUGAUGUUGUCAUGCUGAAGCUAAGCUAGUUGACGGCUAACCUUGUCAAACUCGGGAACAUUCGAGCUUUCGGGACCAUUGUCUCUUAUUUAUUCAGUUUGUUGUCGUCAUUUUAAACUUUAACCAUGAUGCAAUUCAUACUUGGUUUCACUCUGGGGAACGUGGUUGGCAUGUAUUUAGCACAAAACUACGAGGUACCAAACAUUUCAAAGAAAAUCGAGGCCUUUAAGAAGGACGUGGAAGCCAAGAAGAAACCUCCAGAAUGACGGACACAUCAUGAUGAAAACAUAGCUAAUCAUAAUAUCGCCAAUGUUUAAGAGCAAGUGGAUAAUAUAUAGUAGGCCUACAUAUUAUUGAAGUUCGAAGAAGAAAUUAACAGUAUAUUCUUAGUGUCAAAUAGUGCCUCAAAUCGUUUUGAAAAUUGAUGUUUUUCAUUUUUAUGACAGUGUAUUCUCUACUUAAUUGGGUUUGUUUAAACCUGAUUUAUUUGCUGUUGGAAUAUUAUUCUUUAAUAUAUUGAAACCCAAUGAAAAUUUAAAGCAGCGGUCAGUCAAAGUGAAACUAGCUUUCAAUGCGGUUUCUCUGUAUUUAUUGAGGAGCAACGUGUUUGCAGUGCAAAUUGUUGAAGAACAUUAGAAACUGCUAGUAUUGCAUUGUUUUUCAAGACCAAAUAUUAAAGAAUUCAAUUAAACGCUUCUUAAUGCUAGCGUGUAUUAACGUGAGUAUAUAUAAAUAAAGAUUUUAAGCUUUCA